AUAAAGCAUGCGCAGGCGUGGGAGCGUCUCUUUCCCUCUGGCGCGCCACCGACGAUCCUAUUGUCAUCAUGGGCCGCCGCCCCGCCCGGUGUUACCGGUAUUGUAAGAACAAGCCAUACCCAAAGUCUCGUUUCUGCCGUGGUGUCCCUGAUGCUAAGAUCCGCAUCUUUGACUUGGGACGGAAGAAAGCGAAAGUUGACGAAUUCCCACUUUGUGGCCACAUGGUGUCAGAUGAAUAUGAACAGCUCUCUUCUGAAGCACUGGAGGCUGCCCGUAUUUGUGCUAACAAAUAUAUGGUAAAGAGUUGUGGCAAGGAUGGCUUUCAUAUCCGAGUGAGGCUCCACCCUUUCCAUGUCAUCCGUAUCAACAAGAUGUUGUCCUGUGCUGGGGCUGACAGGCUCCAGACAGGUAUGCGUGGUGCUUUUGGGAAGCCCCAGGGCACAGUGGCCAGGGUUCACAUUGGCCAGGUCAUCAUGUCUAUCCGCACCAAGUUGCAGAAUAAGGAACAUGUGAUUGAGGCUCUGCGCAGAGCCAAGUUCAAGUUCCCUGGCCGCCAGAAGAUCCACAUCUCAAAGAAGUGGGGCUUCACCAAGUUUAAUGCAGAUGAGUUUGAAGACAUGGUUGCUGAGAAGCGCCUCAUUCCUGAUGGCUGUGGUGUCAAAUAUAUCCCCAAUCGUGGUCCUCUGGACAAGUGGAGAGCCCUGCAUUCCUGAAGGCUUCCAUGGUGCUCUCUUAUACCCUACCUACAAAAUCAUGUUCAAUAAUAAAUCUUGCAUCAAGUC